AUGGCUACCAAAAGAGAGAGGUGUGCGAACUGGAGCCUCACGGAAAUAUCUGUUUUGACGGAUUUUGUGGAAAAAAAUGAGGAAACGCUAAAAGCUAAACAAUGUAACCAGAUUACCAACUCGAAAAAAAAUGCUAUGUGGGCGGAGGUAACCGCAAUGAUUAAUGCCAUCGGUGUGCAAAAACGCACCGUGGAGCAGGUAAAAUUCAAGUGGGGCAACUUACAACAAGGAGCCAAAAAAAGUUUCAGUGAGGCCAGGAAACAAAGCAAAUUGACCGGAGGAGGCCCUCCACCAAAGCCGCUUACUGCCGCUGAAGAGAAAAUCAUCGAGAUGAUGAAAGAUCGGCCUAACUUCAGUGGCAUAGUAGGUGGCUUCGAGUCAUCUGUGCCGGCAUUUGCAGUGGUGUCAAAAGAAACUGAGUCAGAGGCAGCCUCUACUUCGACCCAUGGUACCAAUGAAGAAAGAACGGAAGCAGAUAUCGAUGUAAACGAAGUCCAAAGUUCUGAGUGUACUUAUCCUGAAAGAACGAAUGCGGAAAAGGAAUCAGAGUUUGAAUGUUGCAGUGAACGUGACCAGUCACCAUCGGUAACCAAACCCAAGAAAAGGAAAAGGAUUACAUUAGAUGUUUUGCAGACAAUGCAGUAUGAGGUGUUACGCACUCAGAGAAGACAACUGGAAUUGAAGAGUAUGAAGCUGGAGAGAGACAUAGAACGGGCGGAUUUAGAGAAAGAAAACAUGAAAUUGCAAAAUGAAAAAUUGUUAUUAGAAAUUGAAAUCAUGAAACAGAGUGUAUCUCAAAAUGAAAAUGCUCUUCUUGCAUUGCAGGUCAUCUCUGAUGAAUAGUUGUAAUUCCUAUAGAGAGUAUGAAAUAAUAUAUAUUUAAAUUAAAAAUAUCUUUUAAAUGAAAUUCACAGUUUUAUUUUUCACUACCC